AUGAGGCGCGAAUUCCCUAAUUCCCCUCCUUUCCCCCCUUCCUUCGCCUCCUUUCCUCCCUUGCUUCCUCUCCUUUUCCCCCCUGCUUCCCCUCCUUUCCACUCCUGCUUCCCCUCCUUUCCUCCCCUGAUUGCCCUCCUUUCCCCCCUUCCUUCUCCUCCUUUCCCCCCUUCCUUCUCCUCCUUUCCCCCCUUCCUUCUCCUCCUUUCCCCCCUUGCAUCCCCUCCUUUAAUUCCCUGCUUCCCCUCCUUUGCCCCCUUGCGUCCCCUCCUUUCCCUCCCUGCUCCCUCUUAUCCCUCCCUGCUCCCUCUCCUUUCCACCCUUGCUUGCCGUCCUUUCCCCCCCUGCCCCCCCCUCCUUUCCCCCCUUCCUUCCCCUCCUUUCCCCCCCUGCUCCCCCUCCGUUCCCCCCCUGCUUCCCCUCCUUUCUCCCUCUCCUCUCCUUCAUUUUCCCCAGCUGCUUGCCGCUGUUCCUCUCCUCCCUUCCCUCUCCUCCCUCGUCCAAUCCCCUCCCUCCCCUCGUCCAAUCCCCUCCCUCCCCUCUCCUCCCUCGUCCAAUCUCCUCCCCUCCCUCGCCCAUCUUCCCUAUCCCCCGGAAUCCUUCUCUCCCCUUUUCUCCUCCACCCCCUCUUCCUAUCUCCUCCUCUUCCCCUCUCCUAUCCCCUCCCCCUUGUUCCCUCCCUCAUCCAAUCUCCUCACUUGCACCCUUCCUCUCUUCCGCACUCCCCCCUUACCUCUCUGUCCCGCCUUUCCUCCCUUGCUUCCCCUCAUUUACUUUACCCCUUUUCUUCCCCUCAUUUCCCCCCCUGCUUCCCCUCAUUUCCCCUGCUGCUGCCACUCAUUUCCCUCCCUGCUUCACCUCAUUUCCCUCCCCACUUUCCCUAUUUGUACCCUCCUGGUUCCCCUCAUUUCCCCCCCUGCUUCCCCUCAUUCUGCCCCCCACCUCCCCUCAUUUCCCCCGCUGCUGCCCCUCAUUUCCCUCCCUGCUCCUCAUCAUUCCCUCCCUGCUUUCCCUGUUUGUACCUGCUUCCCCUCAUUUCCGCCACUGCUGCCCCUCAUUUCCUUCCCUGCUUCUCAUUAUUUCCAUCCCUGCUUUCCCUGUUUGUACCUGCUUCCCCUCAUUUCCGCCACUGCUGCCCCUCAUUUCCUUCCCUGCUUCUCAUUAUUUCCAUCCCUGCUUUCCCUGUUUGUACCUGCUUCCCCUCAUUUCCGCCACUGCUGCCCCUCAUUUCCUUCCCUGCUUCUCAUUAUUUCCAUCCCUGCUUUCCCUGUUUGUACCUGCUUCCCCUCAUUUCCCCCGCUGCUUCCCCUCAUUUCUACCCCUGCUUCUCCUCAAUUCCCCCCUCUGCUUCCCUGGACUUCCCAAUCUCUUUCCCCUCGUUUCCCCUCCUGCUUCCCCUCAUUCCCCCCCCUGCUUCCCCUCAUUCCCCCCCCUGCUUCCCCUCAUUCCCCCCCCCACCUCCCCUCAUUUCCCCCGCUGCUGCCCCUCCCAAACCCUCAUGUUGUCUCCCUCUUCCUCGCUAUUGCAGUGACUACACUGAAGAUUUUUCUGAUAUUGCAACUCGCCUCAGCCCAUCAUCCCAUGCCAUGCUCGAAGAGAAACUAG